UCGUAGAGUCCUUCAUUAGUUAUAAAAGCUAUCUUGUCACGGUCCUUUUCCUCAACCUCAAUUUGAUGGUACCCACUAGCAAGGUUUCAACUAGUAAAGUACUUGGCUCGAUCUAAUUUAUCUAGAAUAUGAGUAAUAUUAGGAACGGGAAAUAAUUAAUUGUUUGCAGAAUCUCUCUUCUUAGAUAAACAAAUUGAAUGUUUUUUUAUGACUUUUAGCUUGUAGUCGUAAAAGAGCUGAAAUGGAGGAAGCAAAAAAAUAUUUUUUCGUAAGUUUACAUUGUGAUAGCAUGGGAAAUUACGAACCUCUUCAAUGUCAAGACGGAAAUUGUUGGUGUGUUGAACCAAAAACGGGGGAAUUAACAGCACCGGUUGUACCGGAAUUAAUGAUGUCACAAUUACCAUGCUAUGAUAGUGAAUCGGUUGGUGCUCAAUAUUUCCGGCAAUGUGACAGUCACAUUUACGCUCAAGCGAAAAUAAUAGAUGAAUACAACGCGCAUGGAACAACAAAAAUAAAUGUUGGUAACUUGAAAUGUUUUUAUGAUGGGAAUUUUGGACCGUAUAAAAUUGAAGAGGGACAAACGGUAUGCGUGUGGAAAGAUAAUUCAAGAAUUGGAAGUUAUGCUGUCGCUGGGGAGGAUCCCACAUUAACUUGCAAUUGUGCGAGAGAUGUAAAAAUUUUUGAAUUACUUGGACAACAACUUAUGCAAGCUUGUUCUCCUGACGGAAGCUAUUCUCCCGUUCAAAAAGAUGGGGAUGAAUAUUAUUGUGUUGAUACUGAUGGGUAUAGAAAGAACGAUCCGUAUGACAAACCGUUUGAUGAACAAACGUGUCGAGAUAUGAUAUAAAGUUACUAUUCUUUUUUAUUAGACAACUUUAUUGUAAUUAUAAAUUAUACAAUAAAAAAGAAAACAUGCCAA